GAAGCCAGUUUGAAAUGUUAGAAUAAGAUAAGGGUUAGCUGCGAGUGACAGGAGUGCUUCUCUCUAUCUUAUUAUGUAUAUUUUCAUCGUUCUUUUUUUAUAUGCCAUGGAUCUACUAUGCAUGAUGUCAAAUGUUAAAGGAAAUACUUGUGAGCUUCAGAAAGCUAAAAUGGUGAUUAUGCCCAAUGUUAUUGAAAUGAUGAGCCGUGAACACACAAUCAGCUGCUCUGCUCCACAGUGUCUCUCUGGUGUGAGGUGCCACUUCUACAGGGGAGCUGAAUCAGAGCCGUUCAGAUCAGUGAGCUCAGACAGCAACCUGUGUAACUUCACUGCAAGUGGAGUAGAGCUGCUGGGAGAUGUGGAUCUAAAGAGUGAAGGCUAUCUGCAUUUCAGUUGUGAUUAUGAAGAUAUCAUCAAAAGUGAAACCUCAGGGAGAAGUGACAACAUGAAAGUAAUAGUGAAGGAGCUUGUGAAAGCUGAAAUCAAAAGAGCGAGCACCGAGGAUCAGAAGAAUGAAUCUGUCAUGAUUAGAUGUGAAGGGGAUCGGCCAGUUAAAGGAUUUUGUCAUUUUUAUAAGAAUGAAGCUCUUUUCAGAUCAGAGGCAUAUGCCACAGGUGUAAAAGCCUGCGUGAUUUCUGUGUUUAAAUAUCAGCUGUUGGAUCAAAGAUCAGAAAAGAGUGUCACUCAAGUGAACGUGAGCUGUGAAAUUGAAGUCAUAAGAGAAAAUGACAAAAGAAAAUCACGCCGCAGUAGGAAGGUGACAGUAGAUGUAUAUGGUAAUCUAGGUAAACCAGCAUUGAGUGCAACAUCUGACAUAACUGGAAAGGAAGAAGCAGUAACACUGACAUGUGAAUUGCCUCAGACAUUCCCUGAAGCUCACUGCCAUUUCUACAGAGAUGGCGAUUCACAUCCAUUCAAGUCAAAGAGUUCUGAAGAUAACAAGUGUGAGCUGUCUGUGAAUGGACAUGAACUGCUAGGAGGUCAAACUACAGGGAUGGAGACUGAGGUUCAACUGAGGUGUGACUACACUCUGAAUAUGAGCCCAGAGAUUCAUUCACAGUACAGCAAGGACUGGAGUGUAAGAGUGCUGGAUAUUCCAAAACCAGAGAUUUCUUUCUAUGAUGAAAAUAAAACUUCAAUUCUCUGUAUAGCCCCUGACAAUGUCACUGAAGUGCUGUUCAGCUUGUAUCAGGAGGGGACAGAAGAAUGGUCUGAGAGUAAAAAGGCUGAAAAGAAUCAGAACGUUGUUAUCUUUGAAACUUCAAGGCAUGAUGGUGAGAAGUCUCAGGGCUACUGGUGUCAAUAUGAGUAUGAAGGAAUAAAAUCACCCAAAAGUGAUGUGAUCCACACAGAUGAAGGAGGAGCGGCAAUCAUCACAUAUGCAGCUGGAGGAGCAGCUUUCUUAGGCUUACUGAGCAUAAUACUUAUGUAUUUAUGCUGUUGUCGCAAGAAAAGUAAACAACCCAUUGAAUCGCAAUUCCAUUUCACAAAUGAAGAAAAUGGCAAUUUAAUCAACAGCACAUAUGCUAUGGUAAAUGCUCCCUGUCAAGAAAAUAUUCAAUCAGCGACAUCACAGAACUCAGAGUUAAAAGAAGACAUCACAUAUUCUACAGUAACUACAAUUGUAAAGAAGAAAAAGAAGAAAGUCAUUGAUGAAUCAAUAGUGUACUCCACACUCAAGGGGAUUUGAGAGACAAAUGCAGACUAGAUGUACAGGAGUGUCAUCUGACUAAGCAGGAAAUACAGUAGCAACAACCAGCUAUUCAUUCGACUGAAUACAUGUGUGACACUUGGAUUUUGGCUGUAAACAUUUAGGGCUUAUGCUGAGCAGCCUCUAAAAAUACACCAAAUUAAAUCUACUUUUGCCAGGCAACAAUACAGUGCGCUACACUCUGCUGAAUCCUGCGUUGGAACACAUGAAAAUGUGCAAUCAAGAAAAUUGCACAGAACACCCUACUUUACAAGAAGUUAUUUUUUAAGUUUGUUUUCUUGAAGUGUGUUUUCUGCAUUAAGCAACAUUUUUAUUUUUUUUUUUUGGACUGGCAUGCAGAGGUAGAUAGUGCUGCUACCCUUAUAAAAAGGAAAAAGGUAAAGAAACAAUGUAAACAUUACUCUUUUUAUAUUUAUACUAAAUAUAACCUUCAUACUUGGUUUAUGACUUGAAAAAGAGAAGGGCAUUUCCUCUGUACAGUGCAAAAAUAAUUGAAGUAUAAAUUGGCCAAAUGAAGGAAACAAAAGAAAUGAGAAACAAUGCUGCUCGUUCUAAUUAGGGUCAUGGACGAAAGAGCAGAUAAGAAACAGCCUUGCACAGGAUAGCAGGGCCCGUUCAGACUCACUGACACAGGCCCAACAUGUAAUUACAAAUUAACCUUACUAGUAUCUGUUUUGGGAAGUGGGAGAAAACACAGACUGUCCCUCAGAAACCUCACAUACAUAGAGGGUGAAUAAGCAAACUCCAUAAAAACAACUACUGGGUUUGGGAUUGAAGUCCAGAACAGGGCAUCUGUGAGGCUGUAUUGUUAUUGAGUGAUUUCAAAUUUAUCAUAAAUUUAUCAAGGAAAGGCAGGACACUGGACUAUAAACCUGGUGUUGAGUUAAAAAGGCUAAAUUUGGAAUUGAUUUGUUUGUUGACUUUCCAAUUUAAAUCAAUUUUUAGGGAUUUGGUUUAAUUCUUGUUCAAUUCAGUGACUAUAUUAAAUGUUUGUUCUCCCGGAGUCCAAGUGGAUUUUCUUUAAAGCCGAUAAGCCUAAGUGGUGCAUUUUUUUGGGAUGUGGCGGUGUUUGGGGACUAGAAUGCCUUGUGGAAAACCUGUACAGACAUGGGGAGAACUUGCAUCAGUUUCCCUACACAUGCACACUUCACUGGCCCUGUGUGCAUAAAUGUGCCUCAAUGAAUUGACGUUGCAUCCUAGGAUAAUUUCUGUUUUAUCCCUGAUAAUGCUGGGAUAGGAAAUGAUUCACUGAGGCCCUGCAAUUGAAAGAAAAUAUUCAAUACUGGGUGAAUAAUUAAAGUAUGCAUAGGGGAGUUAACACAAUUAUUAUAGUUUAACUGUCUGGUGGGAACAAGAUACAUUUUUCAAAAAUAUGUUCAGUAGUCCCAAUACUUUGAUAGUAAUUGCAACCAGACCUUAAGAAAUUGACUUGUUUUUAUUAUUACCUAUUUGACUGACACUGUUAUCCAUGGAUAUAUUUUUAGCAGUUACACUAGUGCAGCGGUGACUUGUUCAUGGUCACAAUGUGAAUCAAAGUAACUUAUCUGACAGCUCUGGUUUUCAAAAUCUGAUGUGUUGUCCACUACAUCACUCUGCUAGCUGUGUUUUAGCAGAGAUAUCAAAAAGUAACUAGACCAGGAAUUUCAGUUAAAAUAUUGACAUUUCCUUUAGAAGUAUAGAAUGUUAUUACAACUGUGAAUGUUUGAUUAACUGCUACUGCAUACAAUAUGCUUAUGGACAACAGGGACAUUAAAGGCAGCUGCAGUACCACUUAUAUGUGUCUUGACUGCAAGUAAAUCGAUAGAAUAAAUUCCCAUCAUUUUUAUUAUGAAUUGUGGACAAUAGAUAAACUCUUGAGAAAUUCCUGAACCCAAACAACAAAUAGGAGGCCAUUUCAACAAAAAGACAGGUUUAUUAAAAGAGAAGAAUACUUAGAAGAAGGGAGUAAGAAAAGUGCACACAAAAUGGUAAAAUGACAGGGCCUACUAAGACAGUAGCAGUCAUUAGCGAUCCCUUGGGACAGCUGAACAACAAAUAUAAUGUAGUCAUCUCACCCCUGCUUAUCUUCCAUACUUCACACUUUCUUCUUCUCUGACCUUCAUCUAACAAUCAUUUGCUCUUGUCCACCCAACAUCCAAACUCCAAAAACAAUUGGCUAAAUGGGGUUUUUAUAGCCAGAUUAUUGUACAUCUUAUGAUAGAUCCUGGGAAUCACUUCACCAAGCCCUGGUUUCAAUAGGGUUGACCUCCUGGCGGCACAUAUUCCCCUCAUAUAUAUCUAUACUGGAGAGUUUCACAAGUACCCUGUGAGGCUAAAGUAUACUCUCAUCUCAUGCUUUGGAAAGUUCAAAAACUUGAAAAACUACAACAGGAAUUUCCCAAUUUAUUCUUGGGCCUUGCUAAACCCAGUUCUGUAAUGGUAAAACCCUCUGCUUGUCAUAUAUGGUGCCCUAGAUCUCGUUAUAAUAUUUGACAUUACUUGCAAGUAAAUGUAUAGCAAAAAAGCAAUUGAAAUCAAGAAGUCAAAAGGUCCACUUUGACUUACCAUAAAACAAAAAUAUUACAAGUUGAUUUCAAUUUGAGUCGAGAAAAAGGAUGUGAGAUGAUGAGUCUAAAAGCGAUCAAGAAGGAAGUUGUUAUCUUAAAAAUAGCUAUACACUGAUAACAAAGAUAUUCUGUUUGUUGUGCUAUUAGCAAACAUUGUUUAAGUUAUUAAUGUCAUAAUUUAAAACCUUUUUACUUAUAUAAUGUUAAAGAGUGAUUUGCUUCCAAAUUUAUUUUUAAGAAACCACCUUUUUCCAGACAUUUGCAUGGUUUGGUGACUACUUAUAUUUCUCCUAUUGGUGUGGGUUUAAACUUAAUAGCAGGGAUACUUUAUAAUGUGGUCUGAGAAUUUUCAUUUAUGGAAAGCAACCAAGAAGUGUAUUUUUUUACUAUAGUGUAUUUUUAUGCAUUUUUUUUCUUAGAUUCUUACAUGUUGUAGUUUGUCUAUGUAACCUUGUCAAGAAUUUAACAAACUGACAAUAUGCAGAAAUAAAAUUCCUCUAAUUAGUAGAUGGUAGCAAAAGUUUUAAAAUUUUUUAUAGGACUCACCCAUUUUUUUGUUACUGUUAUAAAUAAGAACACUUUGUGGAGAGCAUCUAUAGACUUGGAAAAUCCCCUUCCAAUUCACUGUUGUUUUUACUUGAACAUUACCUUUCAGCAGCUAAUAUAUCCUAAAGUCUUGAACUACAAAGAUUUUCUGACUUCCCAAGCUCACAACUUCAAUUCUUCAUUCACGGCACACUUUCUAACAUAUUCUAGCAGUCCAAAGAAAUGAAGGUGCUAGCAGGGCUCACAGGGCACCCUCAGAAAGGGUCAGCAAACAUUAAUGAACUUAAUUGUAGCAGCAUAUUUAAGCGACAUUUCACAUUCAGAACAAUGAAAACAAAAUGAUUAUUGAACAUCUCAGGCUAUUAUGUACAAAGUUCCCAGGGAUAGCAUAUAAUGACAUCACCCUUAUUCACUGCUCAGAUGUGAACUGAAUAACUUCCUACAAGAGCAAAUAGACAAAUGUACCAGAAAUUUAAAAAAAAACUAAUAAGGCAUACAGUAUGUACAUAUCAUAAUCAUGUGAAAAUUUAAACUACAUACCUGGUAGAAUAUUCAUGCAACAAUGCCAUAAUUGCCACGGUGCCACAGGCAAUUCCAAUACAAUAUCACUUACCAUUUUUACUCGUGUACCAUGCGCCCUCAUGUAAGACGCGCACCCUAAUUUUUACAAAGAAAAUUGCGAAAACCGUUUUGCCCCGUGUACGACACGCGUUGUGAUUGUAUAGGAAGCGUUUAGGGCAUGUUUUCUGCAAAAUGCCCUUCUGUUUUUGUUGCAUGACAAAAGUUUUUCUUUCUUCCGUCGCGCGAGAGUGAGCGAGUGAGAGAGAGAGAGAGCAUGAGGGAGCAAGAAAGAGAGAGAGAGAGAGAGCGCAAGCAGGAGAGAGAGUGAGUGAGAGGGCGCAAGCAGAAGAAAUA